CCAGCCUCUUCAUCCCGACAGAGGCGAGGUUUUUCCACCGCAGUGGUUUCGGCGGUUCCAUAAGGAAGAAGAAGAAGAAAGAAGAGGCUUAAAGAAAUUCUCAAAUUCUGUUCUACAUGCGCUCCCAGUUUGUGGUUUAGGAUUUUGGGAUGAGAAUCAGUAAAACAGAGGUGAACUUGAGGAGGCUGCUUGCAGCUGCUCCUCAGCAACAAAACCAGGCAAAACUUGGACAUUAUGUUGCUACUUUACGAGAACAGGUAGAACAACUAGCUGAGGAGAGAACUCCAGAAGGCUUACCAAGGGUUUCAAAGGCUGUUUUGAGCGACUAUUCAGAGAAGAUCGAAGCAAUUGCUUCCAAAUUAGCUGCUCUGCCGCCCGAUAUUCAAGCACCCAAGGAGCCCCUUGCAAGAAUUUCUGUCAAAGCAAACUCUUCUGAUACAGGAGACAAUCAGAUUCCCCCUUCUCCAGGUCUGAGAAGGAGAUUUGGGCUUACCUCAAAUUCCGAAGAUGGAACUCAUGAGAUUCUUAGUGUUGAUUCUUCAGCGCCUGUCAAACUGGAUGCUGCAGCCCAAGCACACAUUGAAAAACAUAGAAAGCUUCAAGAGGAUUUGACCGAUGAAAUGGUUGGAUUGGCAAGGCAACUCAAAGAGAGUAGUCUCAUGAUGAAUCACUCGCUGCAAGACGCUGAAAAAAUACUUGAUUCUACAGAGAAGGCUGUUGAAAGUAGCUUGGCAAGCACUGGCCAUGCCAAUACAAGGGCGACCAAUAUAUACUCGAAGACGUCCAAAACUACGUGUUUCACAUGGCUUGUAAUGUUUGUAAUGACAUGUGUAUUCAUCAUGGUUGUACUUUUAAUUCGUGUCACUUAAGGGUAUGUUGUUGAGUUAGGAAAAUUCAUCUUUCCUUUUCCUCGCACGAUUGCUAUGUAUAUAUAAUUUGCUGUGUUGAGCAAUGACAUAGUUUACAAUUUGAUAUCA